CGCUCUAGAUGAAUUAUUUGGUAUUUAAAUGAAAUAGACUUGAAUGGUGCACGUUCUGUUUGCAGGGUGCAGAGUUACAUUGUUACUGCAUUCUGAUCUCUUUCUCUACCAUAGUUGCAUUCACAUAUUCACGAAUAGCCAAAGGCAAGAAGAACGCACUGGAAAAUAUGGAACUUCGAGGGUGGAAUACCUUCAGGAAUUGGUAACUCAGUUUCAGAAUGCAUCUUCUGAAGAGACAAAAGAGAAGAUUGUUGCUAAUUUGGCCAACUUUGCAUAUGAUCCUUACAACUUUACCUUCUUGCGUCAACUUAAUGUAAUAGAACUUUUCCUCGACUGUUUAACUGAGCCUAAUGAGAAGCUCGUGGAAUUUGGGAUCGGAGGAAUCUGCAAUGCGUGUGCUGAUCCAGCAAAUGCUGCUCUUGUCACUCAAAAUGAUGGUAUCCCCCUCAUCGUCCAGUGUUUGUCAAGUCCUGUUAGGAGCACUGUAAUUUAUGCUCUAGGAACUUUGUAUUGUCUUUGCAAUGCAUCAAACAAAGAAGAGAUCUUAAAGCCAGAAGUAAUCGAUGCAAUAAAGAGUUAUGCUGCUGCAAGUGAAGUUAGUACAACCUUCAGUAAUUUGGCCCAGGCUUUCUUAGAUAAACAUGUUCCCCAAGCUUAAUUGAAAUAGAUGAAAAUAAAAUUACUGUUGAAAAAUCAUUACUACUAACAUCUUUAAAAGCAUGGAAUUGUAAAAUUAUUGGUCAGGUUUAGGGGAUUGGAAUAUAAAUAUUUUGUUAAACCUAUUUUGAUAGGCUCUUUCUUAAA